UUGGGAUGGCUCAAGCACGCCGAAGCCAACCUUGGCAGAUGGAUACUUCGGGAAACAGGCAAUGCCAGGCUCACCAGCCACACCACACUCAAUGAAUCGAUCGACGCCCACAUCAACGGCUUCCCAACAGUCACCAGGAAACUACUUGACAACGCCGCAGCGAGGGUGUGGUUUCCAGAAGGGUAUUGGGCGGAGCGAGAAGUCCGGCAUGUAUCCCGCAAGACCAGCGGCAACUUCUGGAAACGCUCGAACAAAUCGUCCAAAGCUCGAUACUCUGGGACCAGUGAGCCUUCGAACUCUGAAGCGGAACCUUCACCUUUGGCAGUUAUCAAUCACGGGCCUUUGAGUCCGUCAUCAGAAGAAGCUCUCGUGCUGUCUUUGCAAAAUCCCCGCGUCCAAAGCCACAUUUGUGACCAUCUGCCCAGCAUCUCUUCAACUAUGAAUAUCUCUCAGACACACACCGAAAAAAUCGAGGUGAACGUGAAGAACAAUGGAUCGGACACGCCCCGCAGCUGGAAGUCCAUAGCUCCCGAGGAGCCGAGUGCACCACCUCACCCUCAUCAAAUUUCCGCAGCUUUGAAGAAGGUUGGAAGCUCGUCAGGUCUCAAGUCAUUGAACUGGGGGUCCACCAAGGACGCCCCAAACAGCUCCAAAUCCGGACAACGGUGGUUCGGAAAGUCACCUUGGCAUCGCAGAGAUUCCAAUGACACUCUCAGCAGCGUGACAAGUUCAGUUCGAGAGGUCUUGGCUGGCAGAACACCAGCUACCACCCCCGAUCCCGAAACCUUUCUUCACCAAUUAGACUACACCAUGACCCCUUAUCCAGCCGGAGAAGCAACGAGGGUCAAGACGCCACCUCUGCACCAAGACACCGCUGAUGGGAGACCCAGAGGUUUCUUCGGGAAUCAUCCGGAACCUGCCUCUAGAUCCGAGAGGAAGAAGGUGCAAGACUGUCAUAAGCAGCUGCCCAAAAAGCCCAAGGAAUGGUGGGACGCGAAACCGGACCAUCGGCCGCGGUCCAAGAAAACGAUGAAUGCCCAGCCAUUCGAGUUUGACAUCCCAGAGCACCUACCGAGCAGCCCGAUGUGUCCGACAAAUCCCAAGCAUCCUUCCGGUGGUAAAGGGAUGUGCGUCUAUCAUGGUAGAAGGAGAGAGGGUUCGCUGCUUAAAGUUGGGCAGACUGUGAAUGACAGGCGUCAGGGAUCAGAGGACCCUCUGCUCUUGCUGCGCCAGUCGAUCGCAUCCAAACGACCUGCGGUUCCGACAGCCUCCUCUGAUGCCUCAGCGGCCGAGGUUCCUCUUUCCAAAGCUACACAUCUGCGCUUUUCGCACCCGUCGACCGUAUCGGUGUCUCUGGAUACUCCGACGCGCUUCAUCUCGAGCGACCGUCCCGUCGACCUUCGAUCCAUCUACUUCGCCUGGCUGAACAAGGACGUUGCCAUUCCCGAAUACAAUGCCAGCGCGACUCGCCUUAACGAGGAGCUGGGAAGUCUUGGAACUGUCCAGAACCUCGCGUUCGUCGAACGUCUAGACCUGUUCACCUGGCUGGAAGGCGCUAGUGAAGAGAGUGAGCAUAUCAAGCCGGUGGCUGGCGACAAGGAGGGCAAAGAAGGUGCUGGCGCAAGCGCGUCCAAAGCUGCUCCUGCGGCUGCGUCGAGCAGAGCUGGACGCGGAACGCUGGAUCCCAGACUGGCCGUCAUCUACAACGGAGAGCGAAAGAUGGGUGACCGCAACUCCAUUCUGCGCGGUGUCAAGCCUACAGACUUUUCCCACGUCCGCAAGCUCGCUGUUCCAUUCAUCCAAAAGAAGCCCCAGGGAUCGUCAAACAUCAGCUCCAACCCUUCCCUCGCACUCAACCCGAAGGCUCCAACGCGUCGCCCCGAUCCUAUCAUUCUUCUCUCGCCGUCCGCCUCCUCGCUCUUACGACUGUCCAAUAUUCGCUCGUUCCUGGAGCAGGGGCGCUACGUCAAUCCCGAUGGUGGUGCUGCGGCCUCGAGUAUGUUGCAUGUGUCGCGCAUCAUGAAGGAGAUCGACCCCUCGCGCCCCAUGCGCUUCAUUCUCGUCGAGGGGCCCGAGCAAUUCAAGCCUGAAUACUGGAACCGCGUCGUUGCAGUCUUCACCACGGGCCAGUCGUGGCAAUUCAAGAACUACAAGUGGAGCAACCCACAGGACCUUUUUCGCCGCAUCCAAGGCGUAUACGUUGGCUGGCGGGGUGACCAGCCGCCUGAAAGUGUCCGCGAGUGGGGACACCGUGUGAUGCACAUUGGAGUCGACCGCUGGCGUGAUGGUGCGGGUGCCAUCGAGGCUGCCAAAUUUAGAGACAAGGAGGCCUCUGAGGCUAUCUGGAGGAUUAUUGAGGCCGGCAUGAAGGCCAAGGGAUGGUCGAAGAGCACUGCGCCCACUCUGCUGUAA